AUCGAUUGACAGCUUUGAUUUGGUUGGUUCUUGAUUGGUUUUUUGCUUUUGUUCAGAAAUAAAUAAUUUCCUCCAGUCUCAGUAAAAAUAGCUACUGUCUCUUGAGACUUACGAACUGAACAACUAACAUAUUAUCUGAAAAGUAUAUUAUCCAAACUAUGGGAAGUCCAGAGCGCGAGUUAUGCCCUCCUCCUUCUGAAGAAGACGAACUGACACUCCCUAGAGCAAGUAUAAACAAAAUGAUCAAGGAAUUGGUGCCCUCAGUCCGAGUGGCUUUUGAGUCACGAGAACUGAUAUUGAAUUGCUGUACAGAAUUUAUUCAUUUGCUAAGUUCUGAGGCUAAUGAAGUCUGUAAUCAAAGCAAUAAAAAAACAAUCAAUGCUGAACAUGUUUUGACUGCAUUGGACAGACUAGGAUUUACAGAUUACACAUUAGAAGCAGAAGCUGUGCUCAAAGACUGCAAGGCUGUAGCUGCCAAAAGGAGAAGACAAAGUACUAGGCUGGAAAACUUGGGAAUUCCAGAGGAAGAACUUUUGCGACAACAACAGGAAUUAUUUGCAAAAGCGCGUGAAGAGCAAGCUAAACAAGAACAUCAGCAGUGGUUACUUCUGCAGCAGCAAGGGCUGGUCGGCGCCGACGGGGCAGCUCCGCCGUACAUCCCUCCACCUUCAGCAAACAAACAUGAAGACGACGAGGACGAUGACUAUUCCUAAACAAGGGGCAAUUAAAUAGCUAAUGACUAAAAAGUUUAUAUCAAUAAAACUUGAUAUUAUCUAACCUGUGAUGA